CAGCCGGAGUCGCGCGCGAGCGUGCGAGCGAGACGGAAGUGACUGUCCUGGUAGGCGGCGUGUCGGUGGCGGCGGGAGGGAACAGCCAUGGCGGCGGCACUCCCGAGCUCGUGCGGCGGCGGAGGAUCGUCCUGCGCUCGUCGUCGCGCCUCCUCCACCGCGCUGUCGUGGUCGCCGCUGCUCCUGCUGCUCUUGGUGCUGGCGGCGCUCGGCGGCGCGGCGGCGGCCAAGAGACAGCAGGCGUCGGCCGGCGCCGCGGCCAAGGAGGCGGAGUCCGUCAUCGAGGAGGUCACCGCCAAGCAGUUGGAGAAAGUCCUCAACGAGAAGGAUUUUGUGGCUGUGUUUUGGUACGCCCGCAGCUGCCUGACGUGCGACAAGGUGCUGGCGGAGCUGGAGAAGAUCGACGAUGACACGGACACGUUCGGCGUCGACUUCGUCAAGAUCAACGACAAGCGCCUCGCGAAGCAGUACGGCAUCAAGAACUUCCCGGCGCUCACCUACUUCCGAGAGAAGGAGCCCAUCAUCUACGAAGGGGACCUGAUGGACGAAGAGAACGUUCUCGACUUCCUCACGAGUCUGGAAGCCAUGGACCUACCAGACAGGAUCGAGGAGGUCAACGCGAAGAUCCUCUCCAAGAUUGUCGAGGACACCGAAUACGUAGCAGUCCUCUUCUGUCCGGAAGCCAAGAACUGCCCGCCAAAUUCAUCCAACAAGCCAGAGUGCAAGAAAUGUGCCAAAGCGUUACAAGAGCUAGAGAACAUCGACGAUGAAGCUGAUCAGCUCGGUAUUGGCUUUGUUAAGAUAUCAGACGACAGUCUGGCAGAGGAAUACAACUUGGGAGACCUGCCGGCACUUGUGUACUACAGGCACCAGAUACCCAUCAUCUACCAAGGCGAGCUGACCCGCGAGGAGGACGUGCUCGAGUGGCUGGUGCAGAACAAGUCCACGGGGGACGAGGAGGACAUCAUCGAAGACGUCACCGCCAAGACCUUGGACACGCUCAUCCAGUCCAUAGACCACCUGGCGGUCCUCUUCUACGACCAUGAUGAUGAAGACUCACAGCAGGUUCUUUCGGGGCUCGAGACCAUCGAUGACGACUCUGAAAAGCACGGCAUACAGUUUGUUAAGAUCGACGACGAUUCUGCUGCUAAAGAGUUUGGGAUAGAUGAAGUUCCGUCCCUCGUAUAUUUUGAGAAAGCCAUUCCUAACAUGUACGAUGGUGACCUGGAGAAUGAAGAUGAGAUACUGGAGUGGCUGGUGGACCAACUGGAGAAAGAUGAGAUUGAAGAUGUAACAGAUGAGAUGCUUGAUAAACUGAUCAAAGAUGGAAAAACUCUCUCCGUAUUAUUCUAUGACAACAACGAUCGCAAAUCCCAGCGUGUGCUCAACGAACUGGAGAACAUCGAUGAUGAGUGUGACCAAAUGGGAAUUGUGUUUGUGAAAAUCGACAACCGAGAGGAGGCCGCGGAGUACGGCAUCGAAAAAAUCCCGACUCUAGUGUACUUUGAAGGUGGCAUCCCUACUGCGUACACGGGGAACUUGGAAGAAGAAGAAAAAGUUUUAGCUUGGCUGGAACACCAACUGAAGAGCGAUGAGAUCGAGGAUAUUACAGAUGAGAUGCUGGACAUCCUGAUAAGCAAGAUGCCUCAUGUGGCUGUCCUGUUUUACGAUAAAGACCAGAAGAAAAGCCAGAAAGUCUUGGCGGAGCUAGAAAAUAUUGAUGACGAUUGUGACCAGAAUGGGAUAGCUUUUGUGAAGAUUGACAAUGAUGAAGAGGCCAAGGAGUAUGGCAUUGACACCAUUCCUACUUUGGUGUUCUUCGAGAAGAUGAUUCCACAUGUAUAUGAAGGUGACCUGACGAAGGAAGAAGAGCUUCUGGCAUGGUUGGUCCACCAGAAGAGGCACAGCGAGAUCCCGGACGUAACAGAUGAAAUGGUGGAGAAGCUGAUAGAAACACAGCCGUUCUUGGCCGUGUUGUUUUACGACAAGGAAGGAAAGCAAGACAUCAGGAUCCUCAAUGAGCUGGAGAACAUCGACGAUGACUUGGAGAGAGAGGGCAUCGUCAUCGUUCGGAUGGACAACGAGGCGGAGGCAAAGGAGUACGGAAUCGACAUCCUGCCAGCCCUCGUGUACUUUGAGGACAAGAUUCCUGCCAUUUAUGAAGGUGAUCUGCUGAACGAGGAUGAAGUCCUAAAAUGGUUGAUAGAGCAAAAGAUGACAGCAACAAUUGAAGAAGUUACUGAUGAGAUCUUAGACGACCUGAUUGAAGAGCAUGAGUAUGUGGUCGUCUACUUUAGUGGGAAGUGUGACGAGGGUGAAGAAUGCGACAACAUACUGGACGAGCUAGAGAACAUUGACGAUGAACUGGAUGAAGCUGGCAUUAUCUUCGUCACAACAGAAGACCUCGGGCUUGCCAAGAAGCACGGCAUCAAAUCAUUCCCCACGCUUGUGUUCUUCCGGAAUAAGGAACCAUUAGUUUACAAAGGCGACCUGGACGACGAGGACGAGGUGCUGGCGUGGCUGACCGACGAGGACACCCUGGAGAUCCCGGGCCGCAUCGAGGAGGUCAACACCCGCAUGCUGGAGCACGUCCUGCAGGAGAACAGCCACGUCGUCGUCUUCUUCUACAAAGAAGGUGAUAAAAAAAGUCAGAAGAUAAUCAGCGAGCUGGAGAACAUUGACGAUGAGUGUGAGGAGAAAGACAUCUCCUUUGUCAAGACAUCGGACGAAGGGAUAGAGAAAGAGUACGAUCUCCCAGGCCUGCCGGCACUUGCAUUUUACAGGAACAGGUUCCGUGAGAUAUACCAAGGAGACUUGAUGCAUGAGGAAGCCAUUUUGGACUGGGUGCUGGAAUUGCAUGAUACCAUACCAGACGUCAUUGAGAACGUGGACAGGAAAACUCUGCAAAACCUGAUACGAGAUGUCGAACAUCUGGCAGUGUUCUUUUAUGAUGACAAAUGCGAGACAUGCCCGCAGAUUCUGCAGAAGCUGGAGACGAUAGAUGACGACACCGAUGAGCACGGUAUUCAGUUUGUAAAGUCUAAGGAUUCCAAACUGGCGUCUGAGAUUGGAAUUUUCAGUUUCCCAGCACUGGUGUAUUAUGAGACAGGUGUUCCAAUCAUGUAUGAUGGAAAUAUUAAUGAUGAGGAGGGUGUACUUGAGUGGAUGGUGAAACAAAAGAAUGAUGUGAGUAUCGAAGAAAUUGAUCGUGAUACACUCUUCAAGUACAUUGACACAAAGGAAUUUCUUGCAGUCAUGUUUUAUAGUGAAGACAGCUCUGAUUCUCCGCGGAUACUUCGACAUCUGGAACUUAUUGAUGACGAGGCAGCUGAGUAUGGAAUCAAGAUAGUGAAAAUGAAGGAUCGUUUAAUGGCCAAGAAGUAUGGCUUUCGAAACCCACCGGGGCUCACGUACUUCCGAAAAGGAAAGUUCAUUAAUUAUGAUGGAGACAUCGAUGAUGACGAAGAGAUCCUCGAUUGGCUAACAAACCCCGAAAACAUGGAGCUGACGGAUCACAUUGAGAAAGUGAACAGGAAAAUGUUCCUGAAACUACGUCAGACAACUGAUUACGUGGCUGUUUUCUUCUACAGCAACGACUGCAAGCAGUGCAGCCGCGUGCUGGCCGAGCUGGAGCACAUAGACGACGAGGCCGACGCCGCGGGCAUCAAGUUCGUCAAGAUCUCCGACAAGCAGAUGGCGAAGGAGCACGGGGUCUUCGCCCUGCCGGCAGUCCUCUUCUUCAAGAUGAGCAGCAAGGAGCCCGUCAUCUACGCUGGUGAUUUGUAUAAUGAAGAACAAAUCUUGAGCUGGCUGAUGACUCAGAAAGAUCCAUCUGGAGAAGUGAUUGAGGCACUGGAAGGAGAUGAACUGCGUGACCUGAUAAAGGAAUCAAGUUCUUUGGCUGUCUACUUUUGGAACAAGACUCUGUGUGAACAGUGCAAUAAGAAGCACUACCGCAAACUGCGUCAAAAGAAAGAAGGAGAACUCCACUGCGAGGGCACAGACGACUGCGAAGGAGCCUCAGACGAGGAUAGAGCGGAUGAGUGUGACCAGUGUAAGGAAAUUUUGGAAGAACUUGAAAAUAUUGAUGAUGAUUGUGAUCGACACAGUAUCAAAUUUGUUAAAACACAGGAUCUAAAAGUGGCAGAAACGUAUGGUGUAUCCGACUUCCCGUGUUUAGUGUAUUUCGAGCACCAGGUACCGAAUGUCUUUGAAGGAGAGCUGUCCGAAGAAGAGGAGGUGCUGCAGUGGCUCAUCACGCAGAAGACAGAGGAUCGCAUAGAGCUUAUCACCCGGGUCAUGCUCGAGACCAUGGUGGAGGAGACCCAGUACCUCGCAGUCUACUUCUACAAAGAAAACUGCAACAUCUGCAUGACAAUAUUGGAAGAAUUAGAGGAAAUUGAUGAUGAGUGUGAUGUUUAUGGGAUCCACAUGGUAAAAAUCCAGGAUCCACAGCUUGCAAAACGAUAUUCCAUCAAAACAUUCCCUGCACUGGUAUACUUCAGAAAUGGAAACCCUUUACUUUUUGAAGGUGAUCUCCAGAACGAACAGUCCGUACUGGAGUGGCUCAUCGACGACGACAACCGCGAGCUGGCCGACGAGAUCGAGGAAGUGAACCCCAGGAUGCUGGAGAGACUCCUCAGCGAAUCACCGUUCCUUGCAGUUUUCUUCUAUGAAAAUGACUGUCCUGAAUGCAAGGAUAUUAUGGAAGCUCUGGAGAAAAUAGAUGGUGAUGCUGAUCAGUUUGGCAUUGACAUGGUGAAGAUUAAUUCACCUGAAGCAGCAAAACAAUAUAAUGUUAUUAACAUGCCAUCACUUAUCUAUUUCCGCAAGAAGAUGCCACUCCUAUAUGAUGGAGACUUGAUGGAUCACGAAAAAGUUUUAACAUGGCUCACGUCGCAGGAAAUUUUUGAAAUCAAGAAUGAGAUUGAAGAGGUCAAUCGCAAAAUGCUGGACAAAUUGUUGGAUGAAAAUGAAUUUUUGGCAGUUUAUUUCUAUGAGUUUGACUCCGAAGAAAGUAUAAAGGUUUUAGAAGGCCUGGAAACCAUAGACGGCGAAACUGAUAAUCUGGACAUAACAUUUGUCAAAAUGGCCGAUCCUCGCUACGCGAGAAAGUGGGGUGUGACGAAGCUCCCUGCCGUCGUCUAUUUCCGUAAACGUUUUCCAAGCAUUUACAGAGGUGAAGUGAGCAACGUGGGAGAAGUUCUGGAGUGGCUGCGUAAGAAUCGUUUCCGGCAGCCGGAGCUGAACAUCUUCAUGUAUGCCGUGAUCGCGUUGACGAUCACGUUCGUCAUGUACACGGCCUGGCUGGUCUCCUGUUUCCGACCGCGCGCGAAGCAGGCAAUACCGUAGAUGCAACGGGCUGUGACAUCACUUGGGCACCCCUGAAGAUAUCUGCGGAGAGGUUCAGUGGCAUGGUGAGACUUAGCGGUGCGUCGAAGCGAGAGGCGGGAAGCCGCACACCAGAGGUCCACGGACCCCUCAGUAUUUCCAACAGACGGUCACAUUGUGAGAUUGCUGUGAAAGUGAGUGUUUCAAGAAUUCAUCAUCAAGCAAUUCGUUACAUUUGCAUGCAAGAAUCUUAAAUCACAGACACCAUGACAUUGUUCUCCUCUGUAAUCAAUGCUGAAGUUUAAAACCUGUAGCACUUGCAGUUUUCAUACUCAGUUUGUUUUGUACUAUUAAUCACUGCAACAUUGUGAAAAAUUUUACACUAUAAAAAUGGAAAAUAGUAAUUUUAUAUACUUUAUAUAUAGAGAGACAAUUAGUAAAUAGCCAUAUUUUAGUUAAAACUAUUUAGAUUACUAUAAAAAUACAAUAUAUUUACCCAUUACAAUUAAUUUUUGGAUAUUAUGGUUUUGUGUUAAAAUUGUAUUUCAGAUUGCAUUUCUUAUUUUACAAAAACUUGAAGAUUUGCACAAUGAUACAAUCAAGCCACUUGUGAAUGGAAACAGUAGUUAAGGUAUCACUACUGUUAGAUAAUACCAAUUUCAGUUUCUUUAGUACAUGUUGAAAUGGCAGCAAGAGGUUGUAUUCACGACCAGUUUUGUAAAUUCAAUCUGAAUACAUGCAAAUGUUCCACUACCUUGUCCAAGUUCACAAUCAUCAACAUUUUGUACUAGUUGAGAAGUGUUACAUUAUUUUAUUUGUUAUUUUGUUCUUACCAACACUGCCACCAUCACUAAAUCGUAAUCAGCAUCAUCACCAUCAUUCACCAAGUUCCAUGUCAUGAGUGCGUGAAAUAAUAGAGCCCUUAAUCUUUCAUUAUGUUGUCUCCCUGCAUUUUGAGUGAGUGAAAUUUGUGUGUUCAGUGUGCUUUGCUACGAGAAGACUUUUUAUAAAGUCUUAAUGUUCCUUAGGGUAAAAAUACACUGUUUUACAUUCUAAGAGUACAUUAGUUACUUUUCCUUGAGUAUCCUAAAAGUGGUCCUUUUUUUUUUUCACAACAAAAAAGGUUGUCCUAAUAUAAUUAUCAUUUGUUAGAAAUAAUUUAAUUAUUUUAAAUGGUAGGUGGUGCAAUAUAUGCAGCUAAACUGCAAAUUUUUAUAUUUUAAAAUAUUCUGUAAUAAAAUGAAAAAGAUUUCCAAUAAUACUAUACCAGUUUUUUUAUAUAGUCAUGCAUAUAAGUUUUCACUUUGUUCGUUAAAAAUGAACAGAUAUUCACCAAAAAAAAUAGGUCUCAAAAAGAUUGUAGCUGUUUUUUAUGUUGUGUGGAAAAAAUAUGUAUCUUUGUAUUACCAAAUACACUAGCAAUUACUUUAGUUCAAAUGUAUUUGUUAGUACUACAUCCACAAAAAAACUAUACUGUACAAUUCAUUGUCAUUUGGAUAUGAACCUUAUAGUUGCCAACUAUUUAAAUAUUAAUUUUAUAAAAAAUAAAUAUACUUAUUUUGAAUUUAAAAAGUGAUUUUGGUUUGUGAAGUGAAAUUUGUGAUCAAUUCAGAUUAUAUACAUUAUUAAUAGAGGAAUAAUUACAUUCAGUCAUAAGUCUGUUUUAAUAACUUUAUCAAUUAGGUACAUUUCAUUUUACCUGACAAUAUUUUAUAUCGCAGGAAUGUGCACAGUUAAAUUAUGGAUUAGCCAUAAUAGUCUUGCAUCUAUAAGUUGUAGGUAUGUAUGAAAAUACAAUUUGUUAUUUGCAAAGACAUGAUGAGGUGUGCAGUUGAGCUCUAAGCUUCUACAUGGAGUCAUCAGCUAAACUGCCACUUAGUACUGAAUAAUAUCACAAAGUAGAAUUCUGUAACUCACAUUUAACUAUUUUAUACCUAAUUGUAACCUAACAAAUUUGAGAUUUUCAUUGUCUGGAUAUGUUAAAGGUUAAAAAAAAAAAAAAAAUUAAUGAUAAGUUUGCUUAGAUAUGCAAAAACUUUGAUCUACAAAAAAAAACACUACUGAGUCAAUUUUUUUCUGCACCUAACUAUUUUGAGAAUGUUUCAUACGGUUAAGAACAAAAUUCAAUUAAUAAAAAUUGAAUAUAUAUAUUUUAUUUAAAUUACAUGAACAUAGCUUAAACUAUUUAAAUGUACCAAAUAUAUAGAUAUAAAUGUUAAAAUAUCAGUUAAAAAAUUGAAAUAUUUUAUAGGUAGCUUAAUCACAUAUACAAAAAAUCUAAACAAUGUUAAGAUUGAGGCAUAUAAAAUGGAAUUUUCUUACUGCAUAAAUAAUUGAGAGUAACUCUGUGUGUAAAAAGACAAUAAUAUUCAUAAUGUACUUGGAAAAUUUGUGAGACCAAAUCAUGUUAUGCCUUUUUGAGUUGCUGAUGUGAAUGGAAUUGUUAUGUUUGUAAAUACAUAUGUAUAUAAAAAGUUGAUAUUAAAACAAUUGGAGAAAAUAUAAAAA